GUCACUUCAGCGCUUCAUGCGGAUCUCCUGCAACUUGCAUGUAUCAAGCAGCCCGGCCGGCGCUGAUAUAUGAUGUUCGCAUCCUAGAGUUAUUACUCGUUUUGCCCCUGCCAUCCACUUCCUCCUUACCCUUACUUCCAUUAACUUAGAGGAAAAUGUCAGAAGAUACUCCUACCGUUGUCGCUUCCUCUGAUCCUCUCCACAUUUCCAGUAUUGCCUUCCGCCUUGAUGAUGCUUCAAAGAAGAAGAUCGAUUCUGCCGAGUUGAAGCUUGAUUCACAGCUACAGAAAAUCCACCACAGUUCGGAACAAGACAAAAACCUCAGUGCAAAGUUCGAUCCCGCCAUUACCGUGACCACUGAGCAGGUUUCCUUGUCUGUACACUGUUACCAUACUAUUAUGGGCGUCCUUCCGCGGAAGACCACCACGAACUUUUCAUUAAACAGAAAAGAUAUUUUGGCCCAAACAGUGGAUCCCAACGGACAACGAGAGUAUAGCACGUCUAAGCGGAAUAUGGCAGUCAUCAUUACUACAACAUCACAGCUGCAGUCGACUAGCAGUGAUAUUCUAAAGAUUUGCCCGAGAUUCCGGCUACUGGUAAUAGGGAAUACCGGCGUCGGAAAGUCAACACUGAUUCACCAGGCAUUCAAAGUAAAAGAAGUACAUGCCGCUGAAUACGAGCGUGGUGAAGCGGAUAUCCAUAAGGAAUACACUGCGCCAGAAAAUGAACGAUUUGUCGUCCACGAUAGUCUGGGGUUUGAAGCUGGCAGUAGCAAAAAUCUUGCGAUGGCAAAAGACUUCAUUAACAGCCGACGCAGCAUGCCACUGAAGGACCAAGUCCACGCGGUCUGGCUUUGCAUCUCGAUACCUCUUUCCAAUGAAGCGUUGCUCGAGAAUGGAGUAGAGGAAUUCCUCAAAUUGAGGAAGGAAAUACUAGGGGAUAUUCCAAUCAUCGUUGUCUUUACUAAGUAUGAUGCUCUUGUCGACAAAUUGGAGUACGACGCCAGUAAAUCAGACGACUAUGAUGAAGCCGCGCUCGAAUCGCUUAAAGUUAACAAAUUGGAUGAACUGUGUAUCCAGCCGCUUAAGGAAGUAGCCGGGAGUAACAUCCUGCACACAACGGUUUCUACGGAGGAAGAGCACGAGAGCACCGUAAGACAACUGAUCGAUCUUACAACCACGAACGUCGAAACAUUUGUCGCCUCAGAAGCAGCAUUGGUCAUGAUGAUAGCCCAGGGUGCGGAUAUUGGUCUUAAAGUUAAGGCAUCAAUUGCUAUCGGCAAGAAAAGAUAUUGGAGAGGUCUCGUUGCGAGCGUGAACUUCAUAGGCUUUACCAUGUUGGAAUGCUUGUCUGUGAUUCACAAGGACAUCAUUGACGUUUGGAACUUCAAUGACCCUUACCGUUACUUGGCCAGUGACCAGUUCAAAGGACUGAUACUAAAUCAUCUAGACAAGGCCGACGACGAACCGACGCCAAAAGAUUUAGACAACUUGGAGGACGACGAACUGAUGGACAAGGCAGACCUUCCACACACAGCACAGGCUUUCUUUAGCAGCGAAUUCAGCCUCGCGACAAUCACAGCGGUUUUGACAUUGUUGGCUGGCGUGUUGCCACCAAUUGCCGCAGUGGUGGCCUUGGUUGAAUGGGCUCGUGAUGCCUAUAAAGAUGCAAAUAUUGUCUCGCAGAGAAUUAUGACGUAUAUCGUGGAUUUAACAUGUGUCAUGCAGAUCUUGUUCCUGCUAGUGCCAACAGGGCCUAUUUCUCGUCAUGUCAUCAAAAUUGCCAUCAAAGCUUAUGAGGGAACUUACAAAAACCAAAUCCACUUAGCAAUCCAAUCUCACUGCGUGUCUGCCAUUCGUAGAGGAGAGGAUGAUGCGCUUGAGAAGAUCGUUAAAUUGAUCGAGGAUCAUUCUAUCAAGGCUGAAGAAGUUCGGGGCCUGAGGGCGCGGAUUGGACCCGUGGAUUUGAAAGCAGACGAAGAGUGGUAGACGAUGCGGCCUGCAUACAUGACAGUGGUCAAUAAUUAUGAUUUCUACAAGCGUACCUUGCUUACUAUGUGUAUAAGUAUAUCAUGAUGUACAUGCUUGCGUUUACUUAUGUCUGACCCAAGGUUUGAGCUUGAGCAAUCACGUGUUCUUAGAGUUCUGCAAUAGGCGGUGGCGGGUACAUUGGCGGGAUUAAUUGCCAUGGUCGUUCGUAAUAUUGGGUAGGUUUCAAACUCCACCGGGAGUGUUGUUCGUAAAAACAGAAUGGGACAAAUACUUUUGAAUUGCGCGUGGAGGCAAGAGCGAUUAUAUCAUAUGGUUGUUCUUCCUUGUGGCAGUGAAGGACUCCCUGACUCGG